AUGAGCGGCAGCGGCGAUGGUGCCGUGCGAAUGUGGGAUAUGCGCACCGGUCAGCCACACCGGACGCUCCUGGGCCACACUGCACCCGUCACCUGCCUUCAGUUCGACGAGCUGCAUGUCGUCACUGGCAGUCUGGACAAGUCAAUACGGAUCUGGGAUCUCCGCACAGGCGGCAUCUUCGAGACGCUCAAGUACGACCAUCCGGUGACGGCUCUUCAGUUCGAUACGCGUAAGAUCGUGGCGACUACAGGCGAGAACGGGCCGGAGUUGUACAACCGCACGAGCAUGCAGCACUCCCGUUUACUCACGAAUGGGCACACGCGUCCCGCAGAGCGGCUACGACACAUGGACAAAUACCUCGUCUCAGGCGGGCGCGACGCGACAGUCAAGAUCUGGGCUCUGUAA